UAGAAAUAUCAGGAUUGUUGGAACUGAACUUCUUGCUGUAAAGGACAGAGUAUCUGAGAAAUUGAAGAAAGCUGUAAACUUUUGAAUCACAUAAAUAUCAGGCAUAUCUUCAGUACUCAUUUCAGUGUUACAUGCAUAUAUUUAAUGCUUUAUGUGAUGCAUCUUCUUUGCCUAUAAAAGUUUGUAUUUAGCAGAAAAAAAAGUAAAAAAAUAAGAGCACAACUAUUCUUCUGUAGCCAACAAGAGGGGACAGCAACAAAAUGGAGGCGAUCGUAUUUCUCCUCGUAGAGAAGAUCAGUGUUGCACUGGGGACAGAAGCCAUGGCUGCUAUUCAAAGCUUAUUAGAAAAGGAAGUCUCACUUCUGGCACAAAUUCCUGGCACCAUGAAUCGAAUACAGAGGGAAUUUGUUGUGAUGAAAGCAUUCUUAAAACACGCAGAUACACAAAAGGAGAAGAGCAGCACACUACAGGCUUGGCUGGAACAAGUACAGAAAACAGCAUUUCAGGUUGAAGAUAUCAUCGAUGAAUACUCGUAUCUCAUUGGUGAGCAGUACAGAAGUGGAUUCAGAGGUUCAGUGUACAAUUAUAUUCACAAAGCAAAACAUGCACUAGCGUGGCACAGGGUUGCUGCUCAACUACAAGAAAUAGAGGCUGACCUUUGACAAAUAUCUGAAAUGAGGACUCGAUAUGACAUUAAAACAGACAGACGCUUAAAUCAAGCUAUAACAAGAGAAAUUCAUCGAGCAGACUCCUCAUAUGCAAUUGCUGAUGACGAGCUCGUGGGAAUCAGCGAAGAAAGGGAACAGCUGCUUCAGUGGUUGACUGAUAAAAAAUCAGCUUGCAGCAUAGUCGCAAUAUGGGGAAUGGGCGGUUUAGGGAAGACAACCCUUGUCACCAACAUUUACAAAAGUCCAGAGAUACAGCAACUCUAUGAUUGUCAUGCAUGGAUCACUUUCUUGCAGAAUUAUAGCAGUGAAGACCUUCUAAGGAAAAUUUUGCUAGAAUUCCUUGGGAGGAAGCAAGCAAAGUCACUUGAGAUUGACACCAUGGCUCAAAGAAACUUGGUGGAAACACUGAGAAAUUUUCUACGGGACAAGAAGUACAUACUCAUCUUAGAUGAUGUAUGGAAUACAGAUGCAUGGUAUGUUAUAAAACAUGCUUUGAUCGACACCACCCGAGGAAGCAGAAUAGUAAUAACCACCCGGAUUAAGGAUGUAUCUUUGUUGGCAUCUAAAAAUCAUGUUUUGGAAUUGCGGAGUCUUGAACCAAAAGAAGCAUGGGAUCUCUUCUGCAGGAAGGUAUUUUGGGAGGAUGAAGAUAAGAAGUGUCCGGAAGUGCUAGAGCCAUUGGCGGAGAAGAUUCUUGGAAAGUGUCAAGGCUUGCCGCUGGCCAUUGUGGCUAUAGGUAGUCUUCUGUCACUCAGAGAAAUUAACAAGGAGGAAUGGAGAAAAGUCCACGAUCACCUCAACUGGGAGCUGACAGAUAAUCCAUACUUGAAUGUAAGGCAUACUUUAAACCUCAGUUUCAUUUAUCUACCAGAUUAUCUGAAAAACUGCUUCUUAUACUUGAGCAUCUUCCCGGAGGAUUAUGUGAUCAAGAAGAAGAGACUAAUAAAGCUGUGGGUAGCAGAAGGUUUCAUUGAAGAGAAGGGGGCAAAGACAAUGGAGGAGGUAGCUGAAGAGUAUUUUAAUGAACUCAUUCAUCGAUGUAUGUUACAAGUUGUAGAGAGGAAGCCUACAGGAAUGGUUAAAAGUUGCCGGAUGCAUGACCUUGUUCGUGAGUUGAAUGUAUCCACAGCUAAAGAAAAGAGGUUCUCUGCCGCCUAUGAUGACACAAAAGUAGCACGCCUUGAUGGUGAAUCUCGACGCUUGUCACUUCACAGUACAAGCCAUAAUAUGCAAUUGGCCCCGAGUUUGUCAAGCCUUCGAUCAUUCUUCAUAUUUGAUACUAUGAUUCCUGCUUCAUUGCUGACUUCAGUGAUAAAACAAUUUAGACUGUUAAGAGUCUUAUAUCUCGGAUGUGGGACCCAAGAUCCUAGUCACAGCAGCGGAACAUCUCUGAUACCAUCCACUGCGUCCCAACAAUAUCUACAAGAAGUCCUGAUCGAGGAAGUACCAGAUGAGGUAUUUAAUUUGUUUAACUUGCACUAUCUGAGUUUGAGGAAGACGAAGGUGAAAGAGCUUCCAAAUUCCAUAAUAAAGCUUCGCAAUCUACAAACUUUGGACCUUGCUCAAACCAAUAUAGAGAAGCUCCCCCGUGGAAUUACUGAACUAAAGAAAUUGCGGAAUUUGGUUAUAGGGGGGUAUUAUGAUGCGACUUCCCUGAACUUUGACAUCCGUGCUACACCAGCUCCCAAAGGAAUGUGGGAUUUAAAAGGCUUACAAACUCUUCAGUAUGUGGAAGCCAACGGGAGGUUCAUAAGACAGAUUUCGAACCUAACACAAUUAAGAACCUUGAGAAUAACCAAAGUUAAAAGCAUCCAUUGUGCAGAACUAUGUGCCUCCUUAACAAAGAUGCGGUUCCUCGCCAAGUUGACUGUUAUGGCAUAUAAUGAAGAUGAAUCGCUUGAGUUAGAAGCUCUAAAUCCUCCACCACGGGCACUUGAAAAUUUGCAUUUAAGAGGGAAACUAGCAAGAGAAUUAGAGACCCCCCUGUUUUAUACUCUUGGUAGCACUAUCAGUCACCUAUAUUUGGAUUGGUCUGGCUUGAGAGAAGAUCCACUUCCAUCACUCUCUCAUAUGUCAAACCUGGUUGUUCUCAGCCUUAAUAAUGCAUACGAAGGUAGACUAUUGAAGUUUUCUACCGGAUGGUUUCCAAAGCUCAGAGAUCUUUAUUUAGUUGACAUGAAAAGCCUCCAGAGGCUAGAGAUACAAGAUGGGUCAUUGCAAAGCCUGGUACGCUUGGUACUAGGUUAUCUGGAAGGAAUGAAAGGUUGUCCUCUAGGCAUACUAUUCCUUGACAAGCUUGAGGAUUUAGACAUUCAAGAGAUGCCCAAGGAGUUCAUUGUGGAUCUUCGAGGAAGUAGCAGAGAUUUCGUUAAGCAUAUCCCAAACAUCAUUCAUUUUUCUGAAAGAGGAGGUGAGUGGAUCAAUGAGAAUCUUUCCCAACAUGGAAGCACCUCUUGUGUAGAUAUGCUAGGUGCUCCCAGUGCCAAUAGAGGUCUACAGGAGAAAGAAGCUGACAACACUCAAGUGAAUGAAAGCGAUGUGAUUGUUUGAUCUACCUGGCUCUAAGAAAGGCGAUAAUUGGCAAGAGGUGUAAGAAGUUUGUUACACCAAAAUUUAUAUUCCAGUUUUUACAAGAAUUAUGUACCUAGGUUGCCUUUUUUUUUUCUUUCUUUCUUUUCUGUGAGUAGUUCCUACAUAAAACUUCAAAAGUCGUACUUCAAUGUGCAGAGAACUAGAACCCUGCACAAAUAUUUGUAAUAAAGCACUACACUCUUCUCUCUUUCUUUCUUUC